GAGUAGAAUUAGCGGAAGUCGCAAAGCCGGAGACAGGGUCGCCGGUGAUCGUCGAGGCAACGAGACGUCACGGCCGAAACUGGGGCGGGCCGCCUGAAAUGACGGCCCUGCGACGAUCCUUCGCAGCACCCGCUUACAAGACUUCCUUCGUCCUCCUAUCCCUCGUUGGUUUGCUGCUACGGAUAAACCCUACCACCGGUGGUAUCUGUUGGUCAUCGAUCAGCAAUGGCCGCUGCAAAGAAUUAUUAUCUCAAGGUGUUACAAGAGAAGAUUGUUGCGCGUCGAAUGCAGCUGCUGCAACGGCUUACUCGGAUGAAGAUUUGGACAGUGGAAGUCUUUUCUUUUGGCGAGUUCUCGGAGGUGGUGUCCAAUGUCGACCUUGCAGAGGUUCGUGCGCACGGGUUCGGUGCGGCCAAGGUCGGAGCUGCCUGCUGGACCAGAACCUAAGUCCUCACUGCGUGAGGUGCGCCCGCAGGUGCCCGCAAGCGCCCUCGCACCAACACACAACCGCUCGGCCCGUUUGCGGGGCCGACGGAAACACCUACAAGAGUGCCUGCCACCUGCGACUCGCCGCCUGCCGCGCGGGUCGCGCCAUUCCGGUCGCCUAUAAGGGCCACUGCAAACAGAACGCGGAUUGCACGACGAUUCGCUGUCGAGAGGGGCAGACCUGCCUGACGGAGAUAAAGUCCGGUCGGCCGCGUUGCGUGACCUGCACGUACCGUUGCCCCCGGAAGCGGGAGCGCGUCCGGAACCGGACGCACCGCGAUCGUGAUCGGGAUCGAGAUCCAUCGACGACCAUGCUGUGCGCGACCAACAACAUCACCUAUCCCAGCUGGUGUCACAUCGUCAAGGACGCCUGCGUCACCGGCUUCGUUCUCGAGACGCGACAUGCCGGACCCUGCAACGCCUACGACACAUCUCCCCUUUAUAUCGAAGAGGACAACACGUCGAGCAACUAUGGCGUUGAUUUAGCAGACGAGGAAAGAAAAAUCUCAGAGGAAGAUUCGGAAUCCUCUAAGACUUUCCAACAACAUCAUACGUUGGCAUCGACGUAGCGCGAUUCAAGUUAAACAACAUCCCCCAUCCCCAAGAAUGGUAGGAUAGAUAAAAAUGCAAGCAAAUCGAUUUGUUUUAAACGAAUGAUUAAUCGAAAAGAGAAAAGUUGUCCCUUCUUUCGAGACUCGAAUGAUCCCUUUCACGAAAAUUCCAUGACUAUGCAUGUCCGAUAUGUAUAUAUGUGUGUGUAUAUAGAGAUAUACAUAUACACGCAUACAUAGAUGUAUACAUGUAGUAUGUAUUUAUAUAUCGGUGAAAAGAGAUACGAGUGAAAGGGGAAAAUAUAUAUAUAUAUAUAUAUAU